AUGUACGUCUUUGUUCAGAGACGGAUGUCCUCCUACCUGCUUUGUGUGGAUAUAAAAGCUGCCGUCCGUCCAUUCUGCACCAACCACGGCGUCCUCAGCCCCAACAGUAACUACUGUGGCCCCUGCAGCAACUACUGUGGCCCAAGCACCAACCACGGCGGCCCCGGGAGAAACCACAGCAUCCCCAGCCCCAACAGUAACUACUGUGGCCCCUGCAGCAAUUACUGCAGCCCCAGCUGCAAUGACAGCGGCCCCUGCAGCAACCACAGCGGCCCCAAUACCAACCACAGCUGCACCAACCACAGCGGCCCCAGGAGCAACCACAGGGUCCCCAGACCCAACAGUAACUACUGUGGCCCCUGCAGCAACUACUGCGGCCCCAGCUGCAAUGACAGCGGCCCCAAUACCAAAGACAGCGGCCCCUGCAGCAACUACUGUUGUACCAGCCCCAGCAGUAUCUACUGCGGCACCUGCAGCAACUACUGCUGCCCCUGCAGCAACUACUGCGGCCCCAGCAGCAGCCACAGCCGCCCUAACCACAGUGGGCCCUGCAACAACCACAGUUGUCCCAGCCCCAGCAGUAACUACUGCGGCCCCUGCAGCAACUAUAACAGCAACUACUGUGGCCCUUGCAGCAACUACUGUGGCCCAGAGUCCUGCACGGGACUCUGCUGUGGCCCAUGCACCAACCACUGCAGCCCCAGCUGCAAUGACAGCGGCCCCAAUACCAACCACAGCUGCCCCAGCAGCAACCACAGUUGUCCCAGCCCCAGCAGUAUCUACUAUGGCCCAUGCACCAACCACUGCAGCCCCAGCUGCAAAGACAGCGGCCCCAAUACCAACCACAACGGCCCCUGCACCGACCACAGUGGCCCCAGCACCUACCACAGCAGCCCCUGCAGCAACCACAGCUGCCCCUGCAACAACCACAGCGGCCCCUAA